AUGGCCUGCUACGGUGAUCCGGAAGCACAUCGGUGCAUCCUGGAGGAGGUGGCCGCCCGCCCUGCUGCGCCGCGGCUCAUCGCGUAUCUGCGCGCUGCCGUGAUGGCCUCGCAAGGCUCCGACGUUGGCAUCCAACAACUCCGUCGCUUCCCCGGUGCGGUAGAGCAGCCGGGGCCCCACCUCAAAGUCACCCUCUCUCUCCUCUCUAUGACGGUUCUCGCCUCCACCGCCAAGCCGUCUUUCCGUAGAGAGCAGCAACGAGUGUACGAGACACUGGCGCGCGAGCGGGCGUCGUUAAUGCAGCAAGGUGAGCAGCUUAAAACGAAGCGUAGCGACGACGGCGGCGUGCCACUGCUGUGGGGAGUGUCCAGCGGGGUUGCUGCAAAUGUAUCCGUCAACGUUGCGAGUUCCGACAUCGGCAGUGCCUCGGCAGUCUUCGCCGCCGCCGCCGGUAGCGUCUCUUUUGCGCCGUCGAGCAGCGGUGCGGAGGAGUCGAAGAUGCCAGAGGAGGAGACGCUUUCCCCCAUGCAGCGAUGGGAGCAGUCCAUGGACGUGUUGAACUACGGCGAAGCCUACGCGAACUACCUGAGCGGCUUUACGGUGCUUUGGUACGAACUCUUUGGCCCCCACUACUCCUACCAGCCGGGGCCUCCGUUGUCGAGUGCGGGAGAUGGCGAAGCGGAGGCGGGCGGGUGGGCCUCCAGCUCGUCCCCGCCCUCUCCCCCCAGGCAGUGGGAGCCGCAGGUGCCGCCGCACCUCUACGCCGUUCGCUGGGCCGAAAUCCUCACUCCGCAGCGCCGUGCCUGGUACCAAGGACUGCACAACGUGGUCAAGGAGUUGCUGGUCCGCAUCCUCAGUCGGGAGCUGCCGCUGGAGCUGUACGCUCUUUUUAUCCUGUACGCCAAUCUCUCGCUCCGUGUCUACCUCUUGCAGACCCUGGCGGAGGUGUUUGAGUGGACGUCGCACUACUUGGAUGUGCUGUGCUACGUACACGUGAUGCGGCAGAGCUAUAGCAUUCAGUGCGAGAUGUCCGAGCUGCAGCGCGUUUGGACCUCGUUUGGCUUGUUCGACAGCCGCUUCAUUGAGGACUGUCGUGAGUUUAACAAGAUGUACACCGAGUCGCAAGGUGCUUUCUCGGAGCAGCAGGUGAUGGAGGGAAACACCCUCGCAACAUGCCGCAACAGCACCGCGCCGGCAGGACGGUCGCCGAUGCCAGCAGGUCCAGCGGCGCGCUCCUCCUCUGGACGGGCACACACACAUCCGCACAGCACCGACAGCAGCGAGGAGACUGCCGCUCCUCGGGCCACGCCGGCGUUUUCUCCCCUAGACGCCACCUCCGCUGUCGCGGUGAAUACCACUGCUUCCACCUCGAAUACCACCAAUGGGGCUGCGGAUACGAUGCAGCGUAUUUUUCCCUUGCGCGCCGCCGUGGGCAACGCCUCCUCCGACGCGGCAGACGCCGUCCACUCGAGCGCGUCCUCCAGCCCCGAUGAUGAACCACUGUCAUCUGCGAGCGAGGUAGGGGCGGACACCGGCACCCACCGGGCGAAGCGUGCCGUCUACCUUCCUCUCUUUUACACCUGCUGUUGCUUUACCUGGAUCUUGCAGCGCUCCUUUUGGAGCAUGUACGGCCGCUGCUCGCUGUUGCUGGAGAGCUGCUUGGGGAAUGCGUCAACGCCGCAGGUGCUACGGGUAGAAGUGAAGAGCGACAGGGAGAGCGGCGGCAGCACCUCGGCGCUCUUUGCCGCUUCUUCGCUCGGCGCACGACGUCGCGGCACAGCAGCCACGUCGACGGCGACUUCGACGCGCGCGCUGCCGAUCCCAUCGUCGGCGGCGGCGGCGGGCGGGGGUGGCGGGGACAGGCGGGUGGCAGGCGCGGCAGUUGGCACUGCCCCGUCGCCGAAACCAACCGCGGCCCCCCACGCUUCUACCCCACCUGGGGGCAAUCUCGGUCAGGGCAGCACGGGAAAUACCCGUCUGGCAGGCCGACCACCGCAGGCUCCACGCACUUCACUGCCGCAGCCACCGAUGCAGUCCGAGCAGCACCAGCAGCAAGCGCAGUCUGCGAUGGCUAUUCCCCAGCACAACAAAGCGGCGACCCAGACACCGUCAAAUCCGCCAAGCAGCGUGCAGACCCCUGCGGCGGCGCUUCCCACAAGCACCCCGUCGCUUGCAUCGGAAGCUGCCUCGCCCUCUGCGACCACACGCAAUAGCAAUGGAGGCGGGGAGACAUCUGGAUUGCAUUCAAGAUGGGCAAUGCUGCUGCACAUGCUCGUCCCCUGGCGCCAUCAACACCACAGCAGUCGUAGACUGAAUGAAGAGCACAGCACUGCAUCGCCCGUCCCAGGCAGCCCGGAUGCGGCCUCUGCUUCUCCGCCAGUGGCGCCGGCAACACCUCAGCGCUCUAGCAAAGAGGAACUCGCUGCGACUGCAAACUUCGCGGGGAAGGAAGAGGAUCGUACUGCCGCAGCUGCUGCUGCAUCCGCGUCGUUAACGUGCUCGGGCGCGCCCUUUUUUCUCAACUACACGCAUCGCGCACGUGAGAUUCAGCUCUACGAGGACCCUUCGGCCAGCUGCACGGGCAGCGGGCGUACUUCCGACUCUGACCCGCUCUUCUUCGAAGAGUUCCACUUUUUACGAGAAACGGGCUGCUACGUACUGUCUCACGCGCUGCGCAAUAUCACCUGCUACCCCCGCUACCCCGCCACGUUGCUCAUCUUCACCGACAACACGCACCGUCCAGGGCGGGUGUCGUGGUGCGGCCACAAGUUUUCUGUCCUCUCCUCCCCCGUCGACGACGGCGAGGAGCGGCGGGGCUUGACUCCGUGGGUCCUGUGCGCCGUCAUCCCUCACACGCGACUCGCUUCCAACGGCGCGGCGCGUGCGCAGCAGGAGGAGCGUCUUUUGCAGCACGUGGCGUUUCAGGUGGCCGGCGCGAAAAGCUCGCGCGUGCGCUUCUGCACGGCGAACUCUAUCUUCUUUACGUUGAACGGGGGAGCGGACAUGGAUGGCGGUCAGCUGUAUUUUGCGCUCCAUCUCCACGUGCCGCACACAAUCGGCGAGGGCGGCCACGUCUCCACGGAACAGGUGAUGCAAGAAGAGAGCCAGUGGGCUUUCCGAGAGCUGGGAGAGCUGCACUGCAGCUGGGCAAUGGCGUGCACGUGUAACGAGGCAUUGCGCGUCGCCUGCCAAGUGGGACCCGUCGACGACCAAGCAGUGUAG